AUGUUAGAAAAGAAUGAAGCUAAAAAAGUGUUGGCCUGGUCUGACGGGAAGAUUUUCACUGUGAAAGCAGUUACCAACAGGCAGAAUGACGGGAUUUAUGCACGUAAUGCAGGAGACUUCUCCAAAAGUAGCAGGCGUCAUUUACGCCAUCAAAAGUCAUCUUCACUCAUGGUGUGGGCCGCAGUUGCAUUUGAUAGCUCUAAGUCUCUCUUGAUCUUCAUCGAGGCUGGCGUUAAGGUCAACGGUGAAGUUUAUGUGGAAAUGUUGGAUGAGAAAGUGUUACCCUCGGGAAAAAAAACAUUUGGUGACCGUUACAUCUUCACUCAAGACUGGGUUCCGGAUCACACAUCCAGAUUGACAAAGAAGUCGUGCCAAGAGCAUUUCAGCGGUUUUGGGGACAAGAAGAUAUGGCCUCCCAUAACUCCAGACAUCAGUCCCAUGGACUUUCCUAUCUGGUCUAUCUUAGAGAGUAACGUUUCUGCUAGCCCCUAUUCAAAUGUGUCAGAUCUGAAGAAAGCCCUUCUGUCUUCAUGGGUCAAGUUGAAUCAAGAGGCGGUAGGGCGCUCAUGA